CAAGCGCCCUUCAAACCUGCUUCUAACCAUGCACUCUGGUGAUCUCGGGCAACAAACGGGGAUGGCGACGUCGAUAGCGGCCCUCGGCGCGCUUGCAGGUCCGCUAAUCUCUGGGGCGAUCAAUACAGCUACGGGUGUGUUUGAGGUGGUAGGAUAUUAUGCAGGUAGCACCAACUUGCUCGCGGUGAUAUUGAUGUUUGUUGUCCUAAACAUGGUUGACAUCAUGACUAGAGUUAUACAUACACCCACGUACUACUUACUACUUUGUCGACUAUGAAUGCAGGAAACUGAAGCGUUUCCGAUAUCACUGUCUCCGGAUCACUCGAAGGGACCUCAGGUCUAACAACAAGAUAUGACGAGACUGUAGCGAAGCUGUUGGAACUUUGCUUGAUUGAA